UCAGCAAGCGGCAAGAGUCAGCUCUUGCAGCGGAGCUAAACAACAGUGAACAACAACAACAUGAAUCCCCUGGUGUCUAUGGUUCUUCUGGCUAGCGUAGCUGCCGUUUACGGAGGCUUCUCCGGGGGCGGCGGUGGAGGGUAUGGAGGAGGUGGAGGCGGAGGUAGCUGGCAGGCCGGAGGAGGCGGAGGUGGCCAUGGCGGUGGCGGUGAACAGAAGAUCCUAAUCAUUAAGGGUGGGGGAGGCGGCGGUGGUGGACAAACUGGCGGUUCCCUCACCGUUGCCGGACCUACCCACGUGAUUAAGACGGUGCACCAGGUGCGCACCAUCGAUAACGGCGGGCAGAUUCUGUCGAAGUCCGGCGGAGGUGGCGCGGGAGGCCAAGCUAAGGUGCUCAUCGCUAAGGUCGCCGGAACCGCCCAGAUUCAGCAGGGAGGCGGAGGCCACGGAGGCGGAGGCCACGGAGGUGCUGGAUGGCAGGCUGGAGGCGGAGGUGGAGGCGGUGGAUGGCAGGUCGGAGGCGGCGGCGGCGGCGGCGGAUGGUAGGCGAGUGCGGGAAGAAACGGUGACAGCGAAAGGAAAACAGCGGCGGUGGCGGCAGCAGCAGGAAAGAAGGACGCGGAAAAUUUAAAUGCGAAGAUGUUAAGACUAAGUGAUGCGUAGCGAGUUAACAACCAGAAAAUGAUUGGUGCGCGACUCGAGAAGAAGUUCGAAGGCGAGGAAAUACCGAUAACAUCGAGUAGUGACAGCCUUCAAGAGUGGCUCACGCUGACAGGCAAGAAGAAGACGAUUCUCUCUUCAUUGACAUGUUCGUCGGUUCUUCGUUGUCGUCUGCUUUUGUAGGGAUACGCUCGUUACAAACAGCUCGGAGGUACAGAGAGCCAUGUCGGAGCCAAACAGAAAAGAUAUGUUUCGUCUUCGUGUACAUUAAAAUUAAGAUCUUCCCGUUUCUCAUCGCGUUGGACUAUCAUUAUCUACUCUUUACUAGAGGCGAGCGUCGAUCUUCGCUCUUAAUUAUACAAUCAUAGCAGCAAUGACAUCAAUGUGCUGCUUCGUGGCUGCCGCUUAACUUCGGUUGGAAGGUAUGAGAAGAGGAACUGGAAGUCGGCGAACACCCCUGUUGCAUCGCCAAUACAUCGAUAUUAAAAACAAUUCCAGUUAACUAAUCGUUAUGACGCCAAAAGACACCCCAAAAACAAAUCUAUAAAGAACGGUUGUCGCGACAACAGCACCCCGUGUGAUGCCGACAAUUGUUAUGUACAAGUGUAUUUUAUGUAAAUAAACUGUACGCCCCGCUUUUUGCUAGUACAAUUA